AUGGCAGAAGAGCUUGCCAGCGAGGCAGUCGCUCCAGAAGCAGUCUUUAGAGUUUCACCGACGACUGCAGAUAAAGAGAAUGCUGCUGCACCAGUAGCACCAGUUGCAUCGGCAUCGCCGGCUGCUGUAUCGUCACCAGCUGCUACAGCACCAAUUGUAGCUGAAGAAGACCCGGACCCAUCCACUGAUGGCUACGAGAGUGGUGGCGAUAGUAGGUCCAAUGCCUCGACUUCGCUGUCUUCAAGCGUUCGUGACUAUGAAUGGGAGAACAAGCGCCGCUACCACAAGUUCAAGCAAGGCCGUUACCUAUGUCCAAAUGAUGAACCCGAACAGGAUCGCGAGGAUAUGAAGCACGCUUUGGUAGUUCACAUCUGCGAUGGGGGUCUGCAUAGCGCGCCUUUAGAGAACCCUCAAAAGGUUCUUGACAUUGGUACCGGUACUGGCAUCUGGGCUAUCGACAUGGGUGACAACUAUCCGGAAGCACACAUUACCGGCAUUGAUUUGAGCCCUAUCCAACCCGGAUUUGUGCCGCCGAACGUCAAGUUCUUGGUCGAUGAUGCUGAGGCAGAUUGGUUGUACUCGGACAACUCGAUUGAUUUUAUCCACCUGCGGCACAUGGCGCCUUUCAUCAAGGACUGGCCCAGGCUUUUGCGUCAGGCAUACAGCAGGGUGUUGAAACCGGGUGGCUGGAUCGAGCUGCAAGAGCUGAGAUGGAGAUUCGCCUGCGACGAUGACACGAUGACGCCUGAAUACGCCCCGGCCAGGAUGACAAGCCUCAUCGAAGAAGGUCUUGGCAAGUUCGGCUUCGAGCUCUACGCAUCAGAGACCAACCCGGAACGUCUCAAAGCUGGUGGGUUCGUGACACAAGUUCACAAUGUGAAGAAGGUGCCUUUGGGUAGGUGGCCCAAAGAUGACAACCUUAAAACCAUUGGCUUGUAUUCUCAGGCGGUUCUGUAUGAUGGACUACAAGCUAUCACGAUGGGGCCUCUGACGAGAGGGCUGGGAUGGACUCCAGAGGAGGUCGAAAUACUGCUGAUGCAGGUGCGGAAGGACCUCAGGAACGCGGCUUUCCACACGUAUGUGUACUAUCACGCUUUAUCUGGACAAAAACCGUUGUAA